AUGCAGACCCGCUCCCAAACCGCCGCCCAAACCGCCCAACCCCCCAAACAAGCCGCCUACGCGCAGUCCUCGAAUCCCGUCUCACACACGCCACAAGAGCAACGAGCAGGGACCGAAACAAGCCGACAACACGGCGACACGAUCGGGGUAAUUAAACGUACAGCAGAGUCCCAGCCCUCAAGCGACGAAGCACGAGCCCGUCUGAGCGCACAGCACCAGCAACACGAACAGGAACUCCACAAUGCGCCGGACGUCGAUUUAGAAUACGGCGUCGAGGAGCAGCCCGCGGAGGGGUAUAUCGCGGACGCAGUUCAGCGGAAGGGGAUGGGGAUGCAGCGCGCGCAGGCCGGUGCUCAUGCUGGCCCUGUUGGGAGUGCGGGUGGGCCUGGCCAUCCUGGUUUCGGGGAAGCAGAUGAUCUGGCGGCGAAUUUGGGAUCGAAGAGAGCUGAGCAUGAUCGCAUUCUUGGUGAGAGGGUUGGGAGCAGUCCGGGUGAGCCUGGGGCGGAUGCGGAGGUUGCGGAGAGGGAGGCUGUCAGGCGAGAGAAGUUGGAACGGGAUGAGAAGUUGGAUGUGGAGGAGGCGGUUAAAGAGGCUACUGGUGAUCCGGUGGUAAGUGCGGAGUAA